UGGCCUCAUGGUUCAUAUGAAUAGGAUGUAACAAUCAUCUUUACAACACCAGGAAACUUGAAGAAAGAGAGGUGAUUUGAAGAUUGUAGCUUUACCUUAAUGAAUACCAAACCAAUUAAUCGUGUGAGUCUCCGACAGGGAUGAAUCAUAAUGAGUACAAGUGGGAAAGACCGGUAAUGGGAUCCCUUAAGAUCAAUGUUGACGCGUUAAAGGUGAUACCAACUCCGAUGCUGAUCUAAGGCAAAUCCAACGGAUCAAAGGCGAGAACCACAACGGUGGACUGGGUAAAAUCUUGGAUGAUUCAAUAAUCUAACUUUGGCGCCAUGGAUGCAAUGAAAAUAAAGAAGAACAUAAGUGAAUCGAGUUGUGCUAGUUCUCAUGUCCCUAGGUGCGUUCGUAAGUGCCAAAUGUUAUUCUCGUCUCUGGAACUGGGAAGUAUCCGGGGAGGAAAAUUUAUCGUUGUUGGUUUUGGAAGCAAAAAUCAAUGGAUUGAAUAUAUUUUGUUUGGGUCGAUUAGUAUUGUGUUACCGGAGAAGAAGCUAUCGUUGUUACACUCUCGGCAGAGAAUGAUGAUAUGAAGUAGCAGAUUCCUUCGCUUGAAUUGAAAGUCGAAAGUUUAUAAAAUUAGGUUGAGCGACGAAAGAGGGCAAAACAAUUGUUAAACCAUGAUAUAGUAGGAAGGAGAAUUAUAUGUUAGCUCAUGAUCUGAAAGCGGUGAAUAAUAGAUUGUUUGUUUCGUAUAUGCUAAUAAUAGUGGUUUUUACAGUUCUGUGUUUACGGUUGAAGUGAGUUGUGUAAGUAUGCAAUGUAUCAAUGCUAAUCCAUUGUGGUGUGUCAAUGUAUCUCAUUUUGUGUUAAAAGUAAUAUCAAAAUAUGAAAGAUAAUCCCUUCCCAUGCCAAUUUCCUUUGUCUUUCCAUUGACGAAACGCGGGCUGCAUUCAAAAUGAUACACUCGAUCGCCAUGGUGGACAAUAAUAUCGAUAGUGCCCCCUUCCUAUACCGUUCAAGAAAGUUGUAAACAGAUGCUCAACAACACAUUCUUAGAGAUUGUGACUAGACAAGAAAAAUCUGGCGACCUAGUUUCCUAGGGAGCUUAUUUUGCAUAGGGGAUGGAAGAUCGAGUAAAGAUUGAUUGAAUAAAAUGAUUGAGAAAGCUAUAGACGAAGAUCUAUGUUCAAUCGCGAUGGCCUCAUGGUUCAUAUGAAUAGGAUGUAACAUUCAUCUUUACAACAACAGGAAACUUGAAGAAAGAGAUGUGAUUUGAAGAUUGUAGCUUUACCUUAAUGAAUACCAAAGCAAUCAAUCGUGUGAGUCUCCGACAGGGAUGAAUCAUAACGAGUACAAGUGGGAAAGACCGGUAUUGUGCUCCCUUAAGAUCAAUAUUGACGUGUUAAAGGUGAAGGGAGGAGGAACGAAGCUGGGUAUGGUCAUAAGAGAUGAUUAUGGUCGUUUUCUAACGGACACAGUAAAAAAGAAAAAGGAUCAAUUGGGAAUCGGAGUUAGCAGAAGCUCAGGCAGCGCUCUGGGCUAUCCAGGUCGUGAGAACGCAUGUCUCGAAGCCUGUGCUGCCAGAGUCGGAUUGCUGAACUCUAAUUCAGAAAUUGAACAAGAAAGAGGAGGUUGAGAUCAGGGUCGGACCUAGGUUGGUGGUAAGUUUGUCAACUGACAAACCUUGAUUCAAUUUUAGAACAAAAUUCCUUUGUAAAAUUUUGAUUUAUUAAUGAUGGUAUUUGAACACCCUUUAUGUAAUUCAUGGGUCAGCCACUGGUUGAGAUGGAGUCGAGAAUUAUCACUCGAGAAAUUCGAGAAUUGAGCAAGGAAAUGAGUAACGUGAAUUGGAAGUUCUGGGGAUGACGAGAAAAUUGAGUACAAGAGAUGGCAAUCGUUCUUCGCAUAUGGGAGGAAAUAGAAGUUUGAAUGGUAGGCCUCCUGUUUUUUGCAUUAAAUUUUGUUGGAGUAGUGUAAUGACACUUUACCAAAUUAAUUAAAAUUCCAUAUCUUUUUAUAAAAAAAAAGCAUUAACAUCCAAAUAAUAAAAUUGUCUAUAGAAAUCAACAAUGAACACUCCAUAAUUGAGAAAUUUCAUACGAAGUCUUCUUUUUUGCGUCUAUAAAAUUGAAAAAGAGCCAAUUGCCACUACGAGGUGAAAAGAAAGAAAAGAGGCCAAGUCUUGGCCGUGCCCUGCGGUUGGUAACGCUACAACGAGAAAUAAUUCAUUAUUUAAAUAGGUUUUCUUGGGGGACUAAUCUGAUGCUGUCGAUUCCAUGUGAAUGCAGUUAUGGUCGAUUUAACGAGCUAGUAUUAUGCAGAUCCAACGGUCAAAAGCUCCAGAUGGCUGGCUUAUACGCUUGGUAACCGAACCAUCUGCGCGGACCGAGAAAUCCGGGACAAGAUCAUGGUUUCCCGACCGCUGACGUGUCCUCAAAAAAGUCUGCGCUAGAAACAAAAAAAUUCCGUACUCAAGAAAAAGACCUAUCGAAAGUAUCGACCACUCGCAGGCCGCAGCUGUGCAAUGUGCAUGGAAAAAGAAAAAACAAAUAAAGGAAAAGAAAUAAAGUAAACGGAAGGGCGUGCAUGACAGUGCACCUGGACCAGCAACACCGCGAGAAGCAGCGAAGCAAAACCCGGACAUUUCCCCGUCUAAUUAACCGGAGUUCAUAAUCGCCGAUACGUCCGGCCCUCUUUUUGGGCUGAGAGGUGGCCUCCGCCUGCGUUUUCCUUCUUCCGGUCAAUAAAGAGUUGUAAAAAAAUAAGAGAGAUUCCAAGGAAAAAACGCAGCAACAACGAAGCACUACACCGAGGGAAGGAGAGAGAUAGAGAGGAGUCGGCGGUUGAAGGUUUCAUCCCGCAGCCGAAACCCUAAUUGAGCCUUCUCUCUUCUUCUUCUUCUACUUCUGUUUCGGUUCUGUAGCAGCCACCACAAGUGCCUGGGAUUCAUGUGAUGGUGCUGUGUUUCCCGUCUUUCUCGAUUUGGGUGGUGUUUCGUGGUUGAUUUCGAUUCUUCCCUCGGUCGCGUUGUCGGAUUGCUUCGGUUUAUUUUGAGUGGAUCAGUUGCUGUUUCGGGAGUGGUGUUGUUGUUGCUCGCCAGUCAUCAUCGAUGGUUUAGCUAUUGGAUUGGUUGCUGCUGGGGAUUCUUUUGCGCGUGGCAGUUCUAGGGGAGGAGGUUGUGGAAGAUGGAUUUGGUGAAUAGCUGCAAGGUAAAUUGGUUUGAAUUAUGGAGGCAGUAGUGUUCUUCAAUUCCGAAAUCUUCUCUUCCCUGCUGCAGCUGAUAUCUGUUUGUAGUUAGAACUUAGAAUUGUCUCGUUGCUUUUUGUGUUACUUUUGUAAUGGUAAAACGAAAACCCUGUUUAGAGGUUUGCUGAAGCAUGCAGCAAAUGGGGAACCGCGUAUUCAUAAUCGUGUUACGUUACUUGUUCAGCGGCUUCACUGUCUUAUUUUUGCACUUACUGGGAACCACAAUGCAGAAGAUGCUUCUGCAGAAAUGCUGUUCCGUUUGAGCAUGUGUGAUAUGCUCUCGUUGAAUGGCUUGCAGUUUGGAUUUUUCUCUGCUACAAGAGAGUAUUGGAAAUGGAAUAGUUUACUGAGGUGGCUACCAUGUCUUGUUUGUAGUCGGGCUGAAGUAGGGUAAUUUGGGAUUGGAUUUGGAGUUUUUAUAUGUAACUUUCAGUGUGUUAUGGGCUCUCUUAAUCACAUAAAUGCAAUCAGAGUAGGAUCUUCUCUUUCUCGAUUUCUUGCACUUGUUGUCGCCUGACGGGUUUGAGACAUCAUUUCUCUUGUAGGAAAAGUUGGCUUAUUUUCGAAUAAAGGAGCUGAAGGAUGUCCUGACUCAGUUAGGGCUGUCAAAGCAGGGGAAAAAGCAGGUUCGGUUCAUGAUCAUUCUUUGUACCCAGCUUUAGCAUUCGUUGCUAAUUUGUAUGAUAUGUUCUUGAUCAAGCUGUUCUCUUCGUUGCUGUUACUUGUACUGUACAGGACCUAGUUGAUCGCAUAUUGAAUGUCCUGCACGAUGCACAAGGUAAGAGCUCCCCCAGUGUUGCAUACUCACCUCUUUGCUUCCCGCCUCGUGCUUUACCUUCUUUGUUUGGCAUUGUGGCUUUUGGUUCAUAUGGUCUGUUGAUGUGCAUCGAAAAGAAUUUGUUUUUAGAAUGUUGCUGUAGCUGUUUUCUGAAACCAUGGUCUCAGAGGGAAAAUGCCUGUUCAGCAAGAUCAGUUAAGCAAAACUAUGGAUUGAUAUUUUCUUCUACCAAAUUCUUCUUUCGGAGAAUGAAAAUCCAACUCCAUUAGUCUGACUACUGACGCAUUGACAGGUGCUGUCAGUUGUAGCCAUUAUUACCCUAAUAAUGCCUGAAAUAUACUGUAGUUGUUGCAUUAGCUCCCCUUAUUCGUCCUUCUGUUGCCGCUUUUACGAACUGUUCUGUCGGGUGAGAUCUGCUCAUGUGAAUGUGCAGAUAGUCUGUCACAGUUAUUUCAACAUGGCAUUAAUGAUUGUGUUACCUAUGUUCAGGUUCCAAGGCGUGGCCAAAGAGGGGCGUUCUUGGAAGGGACGAAGCAGCAAAACUUGUUGAUGACAUUUACAGGUUCCUAAUGACAUCUCUUGACUUGUAAAUUUAUUUUCCAAAUUGUCCUGAUACCUUUGGUAUUUUAUUAUGCGACAUUUUCUAUUGAGAAUAAUUGUCUGAAGUAAGUCAGCUUUGAUCAUCUCUACUAUGUACUUCGUUCAUUUUACAUAUAUCACACUGAUCUCGUAAUAAAAUGUACCGUUAUCGUCAUCUUCAGGAAAAUGCAGGUUUCGGGUACUGAUUUAGCAUCAAAGGCGCAAUGUGUUUUGGAUAGCAGCAAUUCGAAUCCGAAAGUUGUUAAAGGAGAACCCGAGGAAUCUUUUCACCGUGAUACCAAAGUUCGGUGUCCCUGUGGCAGCUCAUUGGAAACAGAAUCGAUGAUUAAGGUGAUUUGCAAUUGUGAAGUCUUUGGAGCUGUUCCCUAUAUGUUUGGCACUUUUGAUAUUUGUAUGCACUCCUACUUUAUUGCAUGGAUGAGUUUCCAUCAUAGUAAACUAGAUAUUCUGACUGCUUACAUUUCUUUCUUGGAGCAGUUAUACUAGCAUACCAUUUGUGGGUACCUACUCUUUUAGGCGUGUGAGUUGUUAGUCUCUCUUGGGGUAUGAGGAGCAUGACCCGUGACAUUUAUUUCCAACGUGUUUUUUUUGCUGUAAUAUCUUUACCAAAUUUGGUUAUGAACCAAUUGUAGCUGUUUCAUUUCUUAAUCACUUUGUGAUAACCACUUAGGAAUUUUAAGUUUUAUUUUCAACUGGUCCACUUUUCUUGCACAAGCGUCUGCCAAGUGUAAGGACUUGAUCCUCUUAAGAAUGAUUUGUAAUGUGGCUUAUCCGUGGAACCACUAUUUUUCCAACUGCAGUGUGAGGAUCCCAGAUGCCAGGUGUGGCAGCAUAUUGGUUGUGUUAUAGUUGCUGAGAAGCCUAUGGAGGGAAGUCCCCAAGUUCCCGAAGUAUUUUACUGUGAGAUUUGUCGACUGAGCCGAGCUGACCCGUAUGAAUCAUUUAUCUACUCAUUGUCAUGUUUAAAUUGUGCUGCUGAAUUAGGUUUUCUUUUCUGUCUUUGUUAUUGCGAACAUCUUUGUUCCAGGUGCCUUUGUGACCAGUGACAUAGGCCAAACUUUGGGGUGGAUUUUAUUUUGGAAUUUAUCCUUGUCUUUAAUGGUUGAUGAUAGCUAUGCCUACUAGGGAAGGGGAACUAGGUGAAAGCUUUAAAUCUGGUGUUGUUAAGUUUUGUUUUCUCUUGUUAUUAAGGCAUGUAUUCAUGAGCUUAGUGGCAAUCUUGUUUACAGUCACUUGUAUGGAGCUGAACUUUUGAAAUAAUACAUGCUUGUGCCUUAGUUGUUAGAUGGUGAAGCAGAUCAGGCACAAGGAAAAUCCUGUUGUGGGAACAAGAUUCGACUUUUCAUUUGUUUAUCGACUUGUUUGGAAUAUUCUGUAGCUGAGAGUGAAAGUUUACCGAGUCAGCAGAAGUAAACUUAUCUGGAUUUA